CUCGAAACACCCCCUCAUACACUCUGAUGACAAGGCGUUCUAGAUCUCGAGCCUUGCAGCGAUCGAAAAAGCAGUACCGCACCGAGGGGCCUUAUAUAGCCGUGCCGCUUAUUCAGAGCCAUAUGUGGUUUGAUCCGGUGGAUUAUCCGUCAAAUGUCCAGUAUACCUCCACCUAAUAUCCAUCCACUUCAUCAUGUUCGCUUCCGGAUCAGAACGCUAGAGACGAGAGGACUUGCGCACUAGUUGACUCCUAGCGAAGAUAUAAUGACUACCUCUGAGACAGUAUCAUCAGACCUGAAGGAUGCUACCAGGGUCUCCGAAAUGGGAUCCCAAGAUUCAUCGAGCCAAAACACGAAUCAGUCGAGCUUGCUGAAAGCUGCCCACAAGCAUUUCUGGGCACUGCUGUGGUGCCUGUACGGACUUUGGUGCAUCUUUGCCAAUAAUUAUUCCAAGAUCGCUGGCAGCUCAGUGCUCGGAAUACCUCAGUUUAGGAAGGAUUUUGGCAAGGCAUUUGAUGGGAACUAUGUCCUGUCCGCGAAGUGGCAGUCCGCAUUCAACGGAGCACCUCAGGGCGCGGCUGUGGUGGGCUCUUUGACUGCUGCUUGGGUUGCGGACAAGAUGGGUCGGAGGCUCACGCUCGGAAUCGCUUUGGCUGUCCGACUCGUAUCGAUCACGCUGGAAUCCACCUCAAUUUCCAACCCAGUGUUCUUCGGAGGACGUUUCAUGGGCGGCUUCGCCACUGGAGCUGUAAAUGCGCUGUGCAUGACCUAUAUCGGCGAGGUCACACCGCUGCCAUUGCGAGGAGUCCUUACAGCAGCUGCACCUAUAGCACUUAUUCUUGGUUCUUUCUCUGCCGCGCUCAUGGUCAACUUUACCGGCGAUCAGCCAUCGCGCUGGGCUUAUCGGACUUCCUUCGUCUCCGGCUAUGGCUUCGUUGGAGUCGCAGUGCUGUUUCUGCCCUGGAUGCCCGAGUCGCCAUGGUGGUUGAUCAAUCAUGACAGAGAGCAAAGAGCCAUUCAAGCUCUUCGGAAGCUCGGAUAUCCUACUGAUGCUGAAGAGCAGGCUGCUGAGAUGAAAAAGGUCCUCUCAAAAACAAAGGAGGAAACUUCAGGGGCGACUUAUGCUGAGUGCUUUCGACGCUCAAACCUCCGACGGACAAUUGUCUCAGCUAUGCCUCUGACAAUUCAGACGUUUUCUGGUGUGGCCUUUGUAGCGUCUUAUGCGACCUACUACCAACAACUCGCCGGGUAUAGUACCACAGCCAGUUUCCAUCUAUUCAUUGCUCAACAAGUUCUUUCCGGUGCCGGGAACGUCUGCUCCUGGUUUCUUGUGGACAAGAUUGGCAGGAGGCCAUUGACGUUGUGGGGUAUGGUCAUUUUGACCGCGCUACUUCUCAUCACAGGAGGACUGGCCGUUUCAGCGACUCCUGGCGCCAUCAAAGGCACAAUCGCACUUCUUCUACUUUAUUGCUUCCUGUACAACGCCACUAUCGGAGCCACUGCUUUCUCUAUCCUUACGGAAAUUUCUACUCCUCGGCUUCGAGCAAAGACAGCGUCUAUGUCCAUCGCUCUACAGAGUGCACUGUUUACAAUGUGGGGAUUUACACUGCCUUAUCUUUUCAACCCCGACAAGGCAAACCUCGGGGCGAAAGUGACGUUCAUCUUUGGCGGGCUUUCCGUUCUCUCGAUUGUAUAUCUUUGGUUCUGUCAACCCGAAUCGGCCGGCAUGUCGUACGAAAUGCUGGAUGAGCUAUUCAUCAAUCGGAUUCCUGCUCGAAAGUUCAAGGCUUAUGCUAAAGCAAGGCGACAGGAGUCCGAGCAGGGGCGUGAGAAAGCCUCGCAGGAUGUGUGAACACAACGACUCUGUCACAAGUUGAUAACAAGACAAAGAAUGACUUGAUCCCAUUCAAUGGUGUUGCUGCGACAUGCAAAAAGACAGACCCUCACCAUGACUUGGCGUGAUGGUCAGUGAGCACGAUACAUGCAUACCUACCCUUCCUCUCAAUUUGCAAAAAGAUGUGUUUAGUGGCAGAGCUGGG